AUGCGCGACCUGCAAGAAGUUCCCAUUCUGACGGCCGUGCUUCAAAAUUUGGAGCUUCGCUCGAGACAGCUGUCCGACGACGACGACGACGAAGCCGCCGGCAGCCGCACACAUAUUCACGAUGCCCCCGAGAAUCUCACCCCUUCAACCUCCCUGUUCGCAAGCCUGUCCAUUGGCACCCGACACGCCUCUAUUCUGGCGAACUUGAGCGACAACAAGGGCGCCUAUAACAAGCGAAUCCGUGUUGGUCGUGGUGCCUCGUCAGGCAAGGGCAAGACUUCAGGACGCGGUCACAAGGGUCAGGGACAGCACGGCAAAGUCAAGCCAUGGUUCCAGGGUGGUCAGACGCCCCUGGUGGUACAGAGGGGAACGAAGGGUUUUGAGAACAGGCGCGCCCCCGUCAUGUCCAAGAUCAACCUCGAUAAACUCCAGCAGUGGAUCGACGCCGGCCGCAUCGACCCCACGAAACGAAUCACCGUGAAAGAGCUUGUCGAGUCCAACCUCGUAGGCACCAUCAAGGACGGCGUCAAGAUUCUUGGCGGCGGCAAGGAGGCUCUGCGCCAGCCCAUUGACAUUCUGGUGUCCCGCGCCUCGGCCUCGGCCAUUCAGGCCAUCGAGUCGACCGGUGGAAAGGUCCUUGCGCGGUACUAUACCAAGACGGCCAUCCGUGGCAUCGUCAAGGGCACGACCGAAAACUCGGACAAGCCGCUGCCGCAGGGCAAGGAGCACGUCGAGAGCAUCUUGGCUGCUGCUAGGACGACACGCUUUCUCAGGAGGUUGCCGGAUCCGACGAGCAGAAGGGAGAUUGAGUACUAUCGCGACCCCGCGCACAGGGGAUACCUGAGCCACCUGCUGAAGCCCGGCGAGUCGCCCAGUCUGUACUUCAAGGUGCCCACGGAGAAGGUUGGCACCUUCAAGAAGGAGAAGACGAAGAAGGAAGUGAAGGCGACCGCUGCCUUGUGGUAA